UAGAAAAAUUAAUUAAGAAGUUUAAAAAUUUGUUCUAAACUAAAAAUUUAUUUAAAAUCAACAAUUAAAUAAAAGAUUUAAAUUAAAUUUCCAAAUUUAAAGAUAAAUCGAAUAAAAAAAGUGAAGUGAAAAAAAAGAAAAAUGCAGGGCGUACUGAGUAUUCAAACGGCUCGAGGUUUUGGCGAAUCGAGUGAAUUUGUUACAAAACGAAGUUGUAUUUCAUUUUUAUUCGCUAUUGGAUUUUUGUGUCUACUUGGUGGUUUUAUGCUCGGACGAUUUGCCGUUCAUCGAACAUUUAUGGCACGUGCCGAACGAACACGAAUGGAAUUUGCAAAAAAUGGUCUAGAAAUGACGGAGCAUCUUCAAUAUAACAUCAUUGAUUACCUUCAAGAUGAAAAAUUCAUUCAAAAUCACAGUCUUCAUCGGAACAAUGAAAAUUCAUUGGUUAAUAAUAAUAUUCGAGAUAAAUUUUUCUCUGAAUUUCGACCAUUUUUUGAGUACGUUGAAAAUUUUAAAUCCUGCUCGAUUGGUAAAAUUCAAGGUUCUAGAGAAACGGAUAGAUUUGUGAUUGUAUCGUUAAUUGAAAAAGAAUUUCAAAUAAUGAUGGAGAUAAUACGAAGUUUAACUAAAAUUCACGUCGAACAAGAUUGGAAUCCACGACGGACAAUAUUUUUUUGUGUCUGCAGUGAAUCGGCGUAUGAUUGCUAUAAUGAACUCUCUACUUAUAUACAAUCGAAAAUUGUCGCAUUUAUUAGUCAAGCUGAUGAGAAUAAUUUUACGAAUAUUCAAUAUUUAUCAUCAUCAGAAGAAAAUUGCCUUUCUAUCUCGGGUUCAAAUAUUGCCGCUACUGCCGUUCAAGACGCUGCAAAUUUUGUCAAAUUAUUAUCAAAAUCAUUCAAUACAUGCCAUGAACGAGAAUUUAAUUCAUUGAAAUUGGAAUUAAAUAUUCCACAGGCUGUUAUUUCAUUCGUGGAACCAAAACAAGAGAAUAAUUCACUUGUAAAUAAAGAUCACUUGAUAAAAAAUAGAAAAAUAAUGGCACAAGUAAUUGCCUUAAGUGUCUGGAGAUUAUCGGAAAGUAUAAUUCUUCCUUGGAAUCCAAAAUAUUUGAAUAACACACUUUUUCGAAAUCUAAAAAAAUUGGAACCAUCCCGACUCUUCGAAAAUCAUCAGUACCAGAAAAUAAUUGAUUUAAAUAAAUUAACAGACGAAAUUACCGGUUAUGUAGAAAAUCUCAAUUCACUGGAAAUAAUCAAUCUUCUGGACGCUCGAAUUGCAAAUGAUCGACUAUUGGAUUUAGAUAAAAUUUUCCUCUGUCUUGGCAGUGAGGUAACUUUACAUCGAUUAAGGGAAUGUUACAAAAAUUUGAAUGAAAUAUCUCGAACUUAAUUUUAAAAAAAAAUUUGUUUAACUCAAAAAAUGAAAAAUUUUGAGGUUACAUUCUUGUUGUGUUUUAUAAAUUUAAUUACAGUUAGUAAAUAUUUUUUGAAUUUUGAAGAUUAUUUUUACACGAACAAUGUUGCUUAUAAAUAAAUAUGUUACUAUAGUUAUAUACGACAAACAGUUGACAGAAAAAUAUUUUUAUUAUACAUUUACACUUGGAAUAUAUAUAAUACUCGACACAAAAUGAAGAUUUUGUACAUACUUUUUACAUAAAAAAAGGACAAUAUUACCACAAUUA